UUGGCACUCCCCAGCGGGGGAUUGGUGCUGAAAGGCUUCAUUGUGUCGGGGAUUGAAUGGGGGAGUUUGCGUUUUGUCGAAGUACGUCUGUUAUCAUCCACACAGCGCGGAUUAACUGGCCUGCCUGAGUCCGAGCCAUGCGCGUUAUCAUGCCGCAAACCUCCAGCGGUGCGUUUAUUGUGCAUGAUACAGAUAAAUGCGCCCAGCUUCAGACCCGCUGCUGUUGAGUGAACGAUGCUCAACAGCUCCCAAAAAAAUGAGCAGAGGGCCCGACAGAUACGGAUUAACAAUGUAGGGAUGCUAUUGUCGAAGUCUCUCAUCUGAUACUGAGCUCUGCGUGUUUACAUCGAUGGAGAUUGUGUCUAGUCACCUAUAAAGCCUGCUUAUCUUUUUGGUUGCUUUUUUUGUUUACCUCUUUAUUACAUUUGGGAGCUGAAUACGUUUUUCGAACGGGUUUACCGUCGCUGGGCAUCAGACAAAAAAAAACAAAAAAACAUGGGGAACGCUGAAAGUAUGGAUGCUCAGCUCACAGAUUUCAGGGCGAGGGGCAACAAACCCCCUAAACUGCCCAUGCCGGACCCGGCCGAACUGGAGGAGAGAUUUGCAAUCGCACUGAACUCUAUGAACCUUCCUCCGGAUAAAGUGAGGCUUCUUAGACAGUAUGACAAUGAAAAAAAAUGGGAGCUGAUAUGUGAUCAGGAGCGCUUCCAAGUGAAGAAUCCUCCCCAUACAUACAUUCAGAAGCUCAGAAGCUUUCUGGACCCUGCCGUUACCAGGAAGAAAUUUAGGAGGCGAGUUCAGGAGUCAACUCAGGUGCUCAGAGAGCUGGAGAUAUCUCUUAGGACCAAUCACAUCGGGUGGGUGAGAGAGUUUCUCAAUGAGGAGAAUAAAGGCCUUGAUGUGCUGGUGGAGUACCUGUCUUUUGCCCAGUAUGCUGUAACGUUUGAUGGAGACGUAACAGAGAGCACCACAGGUGAGAUUUCCGUAGAUACCCCCUGGAGCAGGUCUAUAGAAGAUCUCCAUGGUGACAGUAAUCUACCAUCACCGGUUAGCGGCAGCAGCAUACCACGGUCCACACGGCAUUCCUUAAGGUCUAAUACUUUGCCCAGUCGCAGAACUCUGAAGAACUCCCGUUUGGUGUGUAAAAAAGAUGACGUUCAUGUCUGCAUCAUGUGUCUCAGAGCUAUUAUGAACUACCAGUAUGGUUUCAACAUGGUCAUGUCCCACCCCCAUGCUGUCAAUGAAAUUGCUCUGAGCCUUAACAACAAAAAUCCCAGGACCAAAGCCCUGGUUCUGGAGCUGCUAGCUGCUGUGUGUUUGGUCAGAGGUGGACAUGAGAUUAUCCUAGCUGCUUUUGAUCAUUUCAAAGAGGUUUGCUCGGAAUCCCAAAGGUUUGAGAAAUUGAUGGAACACUUCAAAAAUGAAGACAACAAUAUUGAUUUCAUGGUGGCGUGCAUGCAGUUCAUCAAUAUUGUGGUGCACUCAGUAGAGGACAUGAACUUCAGAGUUCACCUCCAGUACGACUUCACCAAGCUUGCUUUGGAUGACUAUCUAGAGAGGCUGAAGCACACUGAAAGUGAUAAACUCAAAGUACAGAUCCAGGCAUACUUGGAUAACCUGUUUGAUGUGGGGACGCUUCUAGAAGACGCAGAGACCAAAAACGCUGCCCUUGAACGUGUGGAGGAACUGGAGGAGAAUCUCUCACAUAUGGGCGACAAACUCUUAGAAACAGAGAAUGAGGCCAUGUCUAAAAUCGUGGAGCUUGAGAAGCAGUUGAUGCAGAAGAACAAGGAGUUGGAUGCCGUCCGGACUGUGUACCGGGACGCCAGCUCACAAGUUCACACGCUCCGGCGGAUCGUUCGUGAGAAGGACGAGACCAUUCAGAGGCAGUCCACGCUAGAGAAGAAAAUCAAUGAGCUAGAGCGCCGAGGCAGUCUCCAGAUCCAGGUGAGGGGUGAGGGAGAUGGGGAAGGAGACGUGUCUCCGCUGCCUUCACCUCCUCAACCCAUGGCUCUUUCUCCCUGCCCUGAUGCCAUGGCCCUGGCCGGAGCCUGUGCAACAUACAGCUCUGGCAGCACUUCCCAGACAGGCACCCUUCGAGCAAUGGCUACACCUCCUCCUCCUCCCCCUCCACCGCCUCCAAUGGCAUGUUCCUCUGUUUCUAACGAGUCAUCAGCUGCUCUCGCACCGCCUCCUCCUCCUCCUCCUCCUCCUCCACCACCUCCACCUCCUGGGCAUUCGAUCGAGAUCUCUGCUCCCUUACCUCCACCUCCCCCUCCUUGUGCUCCUCCUCUCCCAGGCUGCGGCACUCCCACUGUCAUAUUCAACUCUGGAUUGACAGAUGGACCAAUCAAGCUCUUCUCUGUGAAAAUUAAAAAGCCAAUCAAAACCAAGUUCCGCUUGCCGGUGUUCAAUUGGGUGGCUCUGAAACCAAAUCAGAUCAACGGCACUGUCUUCAAUGAAAUCGAUGAUGAGAGGAUCUUGGAGGAUUUGAACGUGGAUGAGUUUGAGGAAAUGUUUAAGACCAAAGCCCAGGGCCCUGCUGUUGACAUGACGAUGCAAAAGCAGAAGGCUCCUCAAAAGGGCCCCAAUAAAGUAUCUCUUCUGGAGGCCAACAGAGCCAAAAACCUCGCCAUCACACUCCGCAAGGCAGGGAAGAGCCCGGAGGAGAUCUGCAAAGCAAUCCAGACGUUUGACCUACGUACAUUGCCUGUGGAUUUCGUGGAGUGUAUGAUGCGGUUCAUGCCCACUGAAACUGAGGUGAAGGUGCUCCGCCAGUAUGAGCGGGAGCGACGGCCAAUGGACGGGCUCACUGAUGAGGACCGGUUCAUGAUGCUCUUCAGCAAGAUCGAAAGGCUGCCACAGCGGAUGACCAUCAUGGCCUUCAUGGGCAACUACAGUGAUAGCCUGCAAAUGCUCACACCGCAACUUCAUGCUAUCAUAGCAGCAUCCGUAUCCAUAAAAUCAUCACAGAAGUUAAAGAAAAUCCUUGAGAUCAUUUUGGCCCUGGGGAAUUAUAUGAACAGUAGUAAGAGAGGAGCUGUUUAUGGCUUUAAACUUCAGAGCUUGGAUCUGCUGUUGGAGACUAAGUCCACAGACAGGAAACUGACGCUUUUGCACUACAUAGCCAAUGUGGUGAAGGAGAAAUAUCCUAUUGUGAGCAUUUUCUACAAUGAGCUGCACUACAUUGAGAAAGCUGCUGCAGUCUCUCUGGAGAAUGUUCUCUUGGAUGUGAAGGAGCUACAGAGAGGUCUGGAACUGACCAGAAGAGAGUUCAGCAUGCAUGGCCACAACUCCCUCCUCAAAGAUUUCAUCCAUCACAAUGAGGCCAGGCUUAAGAAGCUUCUGGAUGAUGCUAGAAUUGCACAGGAUGCUUAUGACGAUGUUGUCAAGUUCUUUGGGGAGAGCGCAAAGACCAUGCCACCCUCUGUGUUCUUCCCUGUGUUUGUUCGCUUCAUCAAGUCCUAUAGGCAAGCGAAUGAAGAGAAUGAGCAAAAGAAGAGGCAGGAGCAGCUGAUGAUGGAGAAACUUCUGGAACAGGAGGCCUUGAUGGAGGAGCAAGAUCAUCAACAGUCGCCAUCUCACAAGGGCAAGCGGCAACAGCAGGAGCUGAUCACAGAGUUAAGGAAGAGGCAAGGCAAAGAUAGCCGCCUCGUCUACGAAGGCAAAGACGGAGCCAUUGAGGACAUCAUUACGGUGCUGAAGACCGUCCCCUUUACCGCACGAUCAGCCAAACGUGGCUCGCGGUUCUUCUGUGAUCCCGCCCUCUCCGAGGACUUCCAUUACUAAACUAAAUUCUCUCCCCUCAGCAAGACCUGCGCAGUCAACCCUUCCGACGGGCCGAUGCCCUGAGGAGGAGUGGGAGAAGGAACAUGGAGGUUCAGCACCUUCAGCUACGCAACAUGGAGAUCACCACCUGCUAGCCAGCAUUUGAGGACAGAGGGUGGGCCAAUGACACUACUGAAAAAAGAGCAAAAAAUAGCACACUUAGGACAAUGGAAGGAUGUGACAUUUAAUACUUCUGCUUACCUGGAACCUGGAAUCUCUUUUAAAGAAAGUAAGGUUUGAUGCCAUAUGUCAGACCUACAGUCAAAUGGUGUAGGUUCUACAAAUGGACAUUGUGAAGGAAGAUGAGGUAGUGCGGUAUUUUAUGUUUCGCUCUGUUUAACUUUGAGACGUUGUGUAUUACAUACAAGGAGCAGCAGAAAUGGCGAAAAGACUUUGGUUUGGCCCACUUGUGUCUUUUUUACCUCUUGUUUUAAAAACUCCAAGCUAAGCAGCUUUUUCUGAGGGGAAGAUUUACAAGAUGCACUUUUAUUUUUAUUUUAUUUUUUAGCAUUGAACCUGGCUCAUCUUAAAGCUGAACUUUUGAUUUAAAAAAAAAAUUUGGAUGAAGAACGCGAAGGAGAACUUCUAACUGCUGUUGAGGAAGACUCUUCUUUACUGACUAAAAACCCAUGAAACGUUGAGAAAAUGUUUACUACCAAACAUCCACAACCAGUUUGACAUUUUAUGUACAAUACAUCUCAUUUUUCAUCACAGACCUGCUCUCCUAUUGGUUUUAUCUCAUGUGGCAUUUGUGAGCUGUGAAAAAAAAAGAGUUUGCUGUUUUUUUAAAAAAAAAAGAAAA